AGAGAGAGAGAAGAAAGAAGAAGAAGAAGGAAUUAAGAAUUAGCAGCGUCAAUAUUUUUUUGUUCCUUUGCAGUGGCAGUGGCAGUGGCAGUGCAGCCUAUAUAUUUAACCACACCACACAUCCCUUCUUUCUUCACCAACUUCAUACCUCACCACAAAAUCAAAAACACUGACUCUGAGGCACACUCUCUUCUUUAAUGGAGAUGGAGAAUCAACCCAAAUCACCCAUUUUCAAGAGGAUUUGUGUUUUCUGUGGUAGCAGCCCUGGCAAGAAAACUAGUUAUAAAGAUGCUGCCAUUGAACUUGGAAAAGAACUUGUUUCGAGAGAUAUUGAUCUGGUUUACGGAGGAGGUAGUGUUGGAUUAAUGGGAUUAGUAUCUCAAGCUGUUCAUAAUGGUGGUCGUCAUGUUGUUGGAGUUAUCCCCAAGACCUUGAUGCCAAGAGAGAUAACUGGAGAGACAGUGGGAGAAGUGAAGGCAGUAGCAGAUAUGCAUCAAAGGAAGGCUGAGAUGGCCAGGAGAUCCGAUGCCUUUAUCGCUUUACCUGGUGGCUAUGGAACUUUAGAAGAACUGCUUGAAGUUAUCACCUGGGCUCAACUGGGAAUUCAUGAUAAACCGGUUGGAUUGUUGAAUGUGGAUGGAUAUUACAAUUCCUUGCUGUCUUUCAUUGAUCAAGCUGUGGAAGAAGGUUUUAUUAGUCCAAGUGCUCGUCAUAUUAUUGUAUCAGCACCUAAUGCAAAGGAAUUGGUGAAGAAAAUGGAGGAGUAUGUUCCAAGACAUGAAAGAGUUGCUUCAAAGCAUAGCUGGGAGAUUGAACAAUUAGGGUACCCUCCAAAAUGUGACAUCUCAAGAUGAAAUGAAAUUUCAAUACAACUUGACAAAGGGAAGCAAAGAUGAAGACACACUACUCUUUUGGUAAAAUGGAAGCCACUAAUUUUAUUUAGAACACCAACAAAUUUGCUGAAGUUGGUCUUUUUUUCUUUUUUUCUUUUUUUAAUUAUGAUGAUUCUGCUAUUGUAAACUACCAAAAAAAAAAAAAAGAAAAAAAAAAGAGAAGAAGAAGAAAAAGAAAAACUGACAUAAAAAGAAGUAUUGAAGAGUUUAUGUAGUUUGGUAUUGGAACUUGGCUUCCUAAUUAGUUGUGUUUUAAGUUUUUUGUUUCUCAAAAGAUAGGAUGGUAAAAUGGACCCUUAGUUAGCUUAUAUCAAAUCAAUGUAUCUAAUGUUAUUGACAUUUUGAGUUUAAAUUAUCUAUGUACAUUUUUAACCUUCCUUCUUUA